AUGACGAUGAUGCCCCGGUGUGGCAUACUGGAUAUCGUCAACAAUGAUGAUGAUGCCCCGGUAGGCUCAACAAUGAUGAUGAUGCCCCGGUGUGGCCUACCGGAUAUCGUCAACGGGACUAAUUGGAUGCAGUUGGGCAAGAAAGUGAACCAACAUGGUGCAACCCAUCUCCAUAUAAAUGGGUGUCUCGAGAGCUAUGAUGCAGAUGAGAAAUGGAGCCUUGGUGCGGUACCAGGUAAUUUUGACUUGGAAACUGUUGCAUUGCAUGAAAUUGGUCACCUUCUUGGACUCGGGCAUAGCUCAGUUGGAAAUGCUAUUAUGUGGCCAACAAUGGUGUGA